UAGUUGCUCCGUAGCGGCCGAAGGGGCGGGCUCCAGGGCUGAGGGACGAUUAGCUGCUCGCGGCUCGCGCGGCGGUGCAAGAUGGCGGACAUCUCCCUGGACGAGCUCAUCCGGAAGCGAGGGGCUGCGGCGAAGGGGCGGCUCAAUGCCAGACCAGGAGUUGGAGGUGUCCGAUCUCGUGUUGGGAUCCAACAGAGCCUUCUCGGCCAGCCAGCACGCACAGCCACCUUCCAGCAGAGAUUUGAUGCUCGGCAGAAGAUUGGCCUCUCAGAUGCCCGGCUCAAGCUGGGAGUCAAGGAUGCCCGGGAAAAGCUUUUGCAGAAAGAUGCCAGGUUCCGGAUCAAAGGGAAAGUGCAAGAUGCCAGAGAGAUGCUGAAUUCCCGCAAGCAGCAGAGCACGGUGCCCCAGAAGCCCCACCAGGUGGCUGAUGCCCGGGAGAAGAUCAGCUUGAAGCGGAAUUCCCCUGCUGCCUUCAUGAGCCCACCCAUCGGGACAGUGACCCCUGCUCUGAAGCUCACUAAAACCAUCCAGGUUCCACAGCAGAAGGCCAUGGCACCAACUCAUGCCCAUCCUGCUGGAAUGAAGAUCAACGUCGUCAAUAACCACCAGGCCAAACAGAAUUUAUAUGACCUGGAUGAAGAUGAUGAUGUUAUAGCUCCCAUUCCUAGUAAACAGAUGAAAUUUGCAGCCUCAGGCAGCUUUCUCCACCACGUGGCUGGGGUGAGCAGUUCCAAGCUUUCCAUGUCCAAGGCCCUUCCUCUCACCAAAGUGGUUCAGAAUGAUGCAUACACAGCUCCUGCUCUCCCCUCCUCUGUUCGAACAAAAGCCUUGACCAACAUGUCCCGGACGUUAGUGAACAAGGAGGAUCCCCCCAAAGAGCUGCCGCCUGCUGAGCCUGUCCUCAGCCCUUUGGAAGGCACCAAGAUGACUGUGAAUAAUCUGCACCCUCGAGUCACCGAGGAGGACAUUGUUGAGCUUUUUUGUGUUUGUGGAGCCCUGAAGCGAGCUCGGCUGGUCCAUCCUGGGGUAGCAGAGGUGGUCUUCGUGAAGAAGGACGAUGCCAUCACUGCAUAUAAGAAGUAUAACAACCGGUGUCUGGAUGGGCAACCAAUGAAAUGCAACCUCCACAUGAAUGGGAAUGUUAUCACCUCAGACCAGCCCAUCCUGCUACGGCUGAGCGACAGCCCCUCAGUGAAAAAGGAGAGUGAGCUGCCUCGCAGGGUGAAUUCUGCCGCCUCAUCCAACCCUCCUGCCGAAGUGGACCCUGACACCAUCCUGAAGGCACUUUUCAAGUCCUCAGGGGCCUCUGUGACCACACAGCCCACAGAAUUCAAAAUCAAACUUUGAGCUGGGGAGCGAGACAGCCAGAAGCGGGGGCAGAGGAGGGUGGCUCUGUUUCCCAAAACAAAGCUUGUGACCUAUGGGCCAUUGGACUGGAGGCCCCUGAGCGUGGGAAGGGUCGCCGGGGGUAGAGAGCUUCCUCACUGGAUGGUACCCGCCUUUCUGUGUUGUGUUCUACCCUGUGCUCUUCUGUAUGUUAACAUUUCCUGUAGUAUGUCUCUUCUCUCUCCACCUCAUCACCAAGGUAAGCUUGUGUUGCUCAGAGUGUCUCCCCCUAAACUCAGCCCUAAAUUGUUUUUUUCUAUCUGGAAAUGGUGCCCUGAAUUCUCUGGGUGGCCUUCUUGAGGCCCAAUGGAAUGCAGGCCAGGGGCUGUUUGAAGGACACUGCUCUUUCUUCAGGGGUGAGGGUUUGACUCCCCUUUCUCUUUUUUAAACUUUUCGAAGUGGGGAAUGGAAGCCCCUGCCAUCCUAAUAGGAACCAGGUCAGCUCAAGAUCUCUGCCGCUCACUCUCCUGGUCAGUGGAGGUGGCCUAGGUGGGGAUCAGGUCACAGGCCCCUUGUCCUCUCACCGCAGUUGGUUCCAGACCAGUGUGGUCUGGAGAGGAUCCUGUGGCAAGGGCAGGGUGAGACUUGCUUCGCUAGGAAGAGUGCACCGCUGGCUCUUGGUUUGGGGGACCUGUACUGUCUCUGUCAACCUAGAGUAAAUUCUUGAGUUCACACUCCCCUCUUCCCUUGCGUUGUGCCGAGUGCCCCACCCCAGCUCUCUUGGCCUUCUGGGUGUCACUGCUGGGAGGGGCUUUCAUCAUUAGCCUGCCAUUUCUCAUGCAGUACAGCAUUGUCACACCCUGGUUUUGGUGCAAAUGCCAGCUCUCUGCUAGUUGGGUGUUUCAAAGGGUCUGCCUCCUGUUCUGUGACUCUGUGGGUCUGGGGGGUUAUUUGAAUAGGAGUUGUUGACUUACUGCUAGAUUUUUUCUUCCGGCCUUAGGUACAGGAACAGGACAAUAGUUAGGGAUGCUGAGAGGCGGCAUAUAUCCAGCAGCCACCAGGGGGCACUGCUCCACUGUUGUGAGGGACCCACCCUGACGGGAGGGUAUUUUCCUGCCUUGGCAGUCGGGGUAGGGGAACGAUGGGUGGUGGGGAGGGAGGUGAAAGAGCAAAGCAGCCUUUCCAGGCAAGCUGGUGAGUUGUUUCCUCAGUAUGGUUCCAGGCAUUUGGGGCAAAACUGUAGAACCUGGGGCAGCCCCAGAAUAUACCAGCACAGCAUCGCUCCAGUGACAUUCAUUCUCAGUUUCCUGCCGGUUUGUUGGGACUGUAAAGGGAAGCCAGCCUAGCAGAGCUGGCAUGUUUUGGGGAGCGGGAUUCUGGGAGGGCUACAGAUCAGUAGCAGGUGGUAUGGAAGGCACAAGCCUAGAAAGUAUAAACGGGACCUGAGACACUAAGGAUCUCUCAUGACCUACUUGGGGCCAGUCCAGUGAAGAAAAACCUGGAAACUCAUGUUUCCACAGAGUUAAAUCUGUCAAGCAGGGGGGACCCAGGGUUUGAACCGAGCUCAGUCCUCCAGGUCUGAGGUUGCCCAGGCCUGGGAAGCCCGAGGAAUCUGCCUGUUGCUGCUCCACUUUCUAGUACUUUAAAGAAGGCUGCUUUCGUUCCCUUCUCCCUCUUUGAAUGGGUGCAAACUUAGUUCUCUUCAGCAGCUGGGAGACACGCCUCCUACACUUUCCCCUCCUUGGCCCCAGAGAAUGUCCAUAAGACACUAGGACCUGGUUUCGCAGGUACUGGAGACAGAUCACUGCGUGGACUCUGCUUUCGGGAGGGACGGUACGUAUCCCGACUGCAUGGCUUUAUCCUCCUGUCUCCCCUCCAGUACCAUGCCAGGCUGCUCUGCUUAUCACAGGGUUUCAGUGAGCCCACCUGCAGCUGCCUGGCCAUCUGGGCCCUGUCCUCUGGCUGGCCAUAUGGUACAUUGCAGGGCAGAGCCUGUUUGCCCCCCUGUUCUACAGGAUGGCAUCGUGGGAAACAGAAGGUGGUAGGCCAAUCCUUGUGUCCUUCACCUCCCACUCCCCUGCAUUCCCCAUCUGUGUCUCUUUUGUUCAAAAGGAGAGGAAGAGGCAUUAAGGGAUGGAGGAGACUGUGUUACCCAUUUCUGAAUAAACAUUUGUUAUUCCUACUUUAGAGCUGUCAUUUCUCAAAAGAUUAUGCUAAGAGGCCUCAUGGAAUUUGGCACAAGGAAACGAGGAUUUACCUCUGCUUUACGGCUCACCAGCUAUGACCUUGGGACAGUUGUUCCCAGGACUCACUGAACUGCAGUCUCCGCAGCUGAGAGAAUGUGAGCAUCAGUGUAUUGGAAGCACCUGGCAGAGGAACUCGGUACCUUCUGGGCCUAAAGUGCCUCACUGCGUAUUAAGCAUGGUCAGCUCCAACAUAGUAAGGUCUGUUCAUAGGGAACAGGGGAGCCUUUGCCUUGGAAGUUACACUUACGGGUGAAAUUUACUUCUUAGAUCAACUAUGCAUUAGAAAAAAAGAAAUUAUACACACAAAAUUUAUCAUCUUAACUAUGUUUAAGUGUACAGUUCAGUGGUAUUAAAUACAUUCACAUUGCUGUACAGCCAUCACCACCAUCCACCUCCAGAGCUUUUUCAUCUUGUAGGAGCUGAAAUUCUCCCUUAAACACCAGCUCCUCAUUCCUCUCCUGAGAUCCUCCCCUGCCCCUGGCAACUACUAUUCUAUUUUCUGUCUUUAUGAUUUUGACUACUCAUGUAAGUGGAGUCAGACAGUAUUUGUCGUCUUGUGACUGGCUAAUUUCACUUAGCAUAAUGUCCUUAAGGUUCAUCCAUGUUGUAGCAUGUGUCAGAAUUUCCUUUUUAAGGUUGAAUAAUAUUCCACUGUAUGUAUAUACCACAUUUUGCUUAUCCAUUCAUCUGUUGGACACUUGGGUUGCUUCCAUGUUUUAGCUGUUGUGAAUAAUACUAUGAACAUGGGUGUACAAAUAUCUCUUCAAAACCUUGAAGACCCUGCUUUCAAUUCUUUGGAUAUAUACCCAGAAGUGGAAUUGCUGGAUCAUGUGGCAGUUCUAUUUUUAAUAUUUUGAAGAAUCAGCAUUCUGAUUUCCACAGUGGCUGCACCAUUUUACAUUCCUAUAUGGGAAGAUGGGAUGGAAGUACUUAUCCCUAUCCUUUCCACUAAAUACAACCCUGGAUAUUUUAUAUAAAACAAACAUAAGACUGGAAGGUGGAGAGAAGAAAGACUGGCUGGGGACCUUGGGACCCAAUGAACGACUGGCAUUGAGUUCCCUGGGUUUUCUUUUUGCUUCAUAUAAGCCAAGCUGGGUGCUAGAGAAGCAGACCAACAACCAAAAAACCCAAGUGAGGACCGGAAAGGGGUUAGCUUAACAAGACGGAAAGAAAACUAGUGAAACACCACGGGAAGAACUGCAGCCCCACCUUCACCAGUAAACGCCAAGUUGGGUCCUGGACUUCCAAUCCUUGCUAGGCUGUACUGGGGGCACCCCCAGAUCUCUGCAGGGGUGGAGUCAAGAGAAGGCCGGAUAGGGAUCUGGGACUUUAAGUUGAUGUCCGUGGAGGCCACGGGAGGAGAAAUGGGGCACCCCAGCCCCUCCCAACCAGGGUUUUAGUAGAGGUGUGGUGGGAUGAUGGAGCUCACUGCCACCCACACCUGGCAGUAAUGAAGCAGUGCCUUUUCAUGCCCGUCAGAGGAGGUGUGCUGUAGGAAGAUUUAAAUAAGAUCCAGAGUCUUCUUAACAUAAUACCCAAAAUGUCCAUGUUUCAGUCAAAAGUCACUCAUACCAAAGAUCAGGAAAAUCACACCCUGAAGGAGAAAAGACAAUGGACAUCAACACCACGAUGACAGAGAUGUUAGAAUUAUUGACAGGGAUUUAAAAGUGGCCAUCAUAAAUGUGUUGAUGAGCAAUUAACACUGCAACAAGUCUCAGCAAGGAAAUAGAAAAUGUAAAGAACCAUUUAAAGUCAAAAAAUACAGGGCUUCCCUGGUGGCGCAGUGGUUAAGAAUCCGCCUGCCAAUGCAGGGGACACGGGUACGAGCCCUGGUCUGGGAAGAUCCCACAUGCUGCAGAGCAACUAAGCCCGUGUGCCACAACUACUGAGCCUGCGAGCCACAACUACUGAGCCCACGUGCCACAACUACUGAAGCCUGCGCGCCUAGAGUCUCUGCUCUGCAACAAGAGAAGCCACCAUAAUGAGAAGCCUGCACACUGCAACGAAGAGUAGUCCCUGCUCGCGGCAACUAGAGAAAGCCUGUGUGCAGCAACAAAGACCCAACACAGCCAAAAAUAAAUAAAUUUUUUAAAUGUAUUAAAAAAAAAAAACAGGGAAUGCCCUGGAGGUCCAAUGGUUAGGACUUAGCUCUCUCACUGCUGGGGCUGUGGGUUUUAUCACUGGUCAGGGAACUAGGAUCCCACAAGCUGUGCGGUGCAGCCAAAUAAAGUUGAAAAAUACAAUUACCGCCCCCCCCCAAUGGAGAAGAAUCAGUGAACUUGAAGUUAAAAAAUAGAAACUACCCAACCUGAACAGCAGAGAAAAUAGACUUAAAAAAUAAUAAUGAAGGACUAUGGGGACCUAUGGUACUAAAACAAAAAGUCUAAAGUCUGUGUCAUCAGAGUCCCAGAAGGAGAAAAGUAAGGGUGGGACUGAAAAGCAGUUGAAGAAAUAAUGGCUGUCAGGAGUUCCCUGGUGGCCUAGUGGUUAGGAUUCUGGGCUUUCACUGCUGUGCUCUGGGUUCAAUUCCUGGUUGGGGAGCUAAGAUCUCACAAGCCAUGUGGCAUGGCAAAAAAAAAAAAAAACAAUGGCUGUAAGCUUCCCAGAAACGGCAAAAGAUGAAAACCUGCAUGGGACUUCCCUGGCAGUGGUUAAGACUCCACGCUUCCAAGGCAGGGGGCGUGGGUUCAAUCUCUGGUUAGGGAAUAAGAUGCCACAUGUCGCGCAGCAUGGCCAAAAGAUUAAAAAAAGAAAAAAUACCCCUGCAAAUUCAGAGAAGCCUAAACAAGGUAAACCUAACGAAAUGCACACCAAGACACAUCACAGCUAAACUGAAAACUAAAGAGAAUCUCAAAAGCAGCAAAAGAGAAAUGAUAUCUUACCUAUAAAGGGACAGGAGAUUCCUCAUCAGAAACCAUGAGGCCAGAAGGAAGUGGCACACUUCAAGUAGUGAAAGAAAAGUAUCGUCAACUGAGAAUUCUGUAUCAAGUGAAAAAUAUCCUUCAGAACGUAGAGGGGACUUAGACGUUCUUAGAUGUAGGAAAACUAGGAGAAUUUGUUGCCAGCGGUCCUACCCUAAAAGAAUGGCUAGGGCUUCCCUGGUGGCGCAGUGGUUGAGAACCUGCCUGCCAAUGCAGGGGACACGGGUUCGAGCCCUGGUCCGGGAGGAUCCCACAUACCGCGGAGCAGCUAAGCCCAUGCGCCACAACUGCUGAGCCUGUGCUCUAGAGCCCACGCCUCAACUACUGAAGCCCAUGAGCCACAACUACUGAGCCCACGAGCCACAACUGCUGAAGCCUGCAUGCCUAGAGCCCAUGCUCCGCAACGGGAGAAGCCACCACGAUGAGAAGGCCACGCGCUGCAACAAAGAGUAGCCCCCACUCACGACAACUAGAGAAAGCCCGUGCGCAGCAAUGAAGACCCAACACAGCCAAAAAUAAAUAAAUAAAUUUAUUUAUUUAUUUUAAAAAAAGAAUGGCUAAAGAAGAGCUCUGAACAUAAAGGAGAAAAUAAAAGAAGAAAACUUGGAGCAUCAAAAAGGAAGGAAGAAGGAACAGCAGAAAUAGUGAAACUUCGGUAAAUAUUUUCCUUCUUUUAUGUUUUCUAAAUUAUGGUUGAUGGUUGAAGCAAAAAUUAUAAAAUUGAUGUUCUCAAUAUAUGUAAAGGAAAUAUUUAAAACAAUUACUUUAUAAAUGGGAAAGUACUAAGGGAUAUCAAGAGAAGGAAGGUUUCUACGCUUAGAAAUGUCAACAACAUUGAUAAAAUGUCAACAGUAUACUGUGGUAACUUAUGUGUAUUUAAUGUAAUUCUUAGAACAACUUCUAAAAAAAGAUAAUACACCCCAAAACACUAUAGAUAAAUCAAAAUGGAAUUCAAAAAAAAAAUUCAAGUAACCCACAGGAAGGCAGAAAAAAGAAAAGAACAGAAAACAAAAAAGAUGGGAGACUCAAGCCCUAACAUCACUAAUUCUAUUAAGUGCAAGUGGUCUAAAUAUAUCUAUUGAAAGACAGAGAUUGGCAAAGUGGAUGAAAAAGUGUGACUUAACUUCAUGCUAUCUACAAGAAACUCACUUCAAAUAUAACUAUAAGGUUGAAAGUAAAAGGAUAGAAAAAUAUAUCAUGCAAACAAUCAAAAAAGAAGUAGGUAUAUUAGUAUCAGAUAUAUUAGACUUCAGAGCAAAGAAAAGUUACCAGGGACAGGGAGGGACACUAUAUUAUGAAAAAAGGGUCAACCCACCAAGAAGGUACAAUCCUAAAUAUGUAUUUACGAAACAACAGAGCUGCAAAACUGAUACAAAAACUGAUAGAAUUGAAAGAAGAAUAGCAAAUCCACACUUCCACUGGAGACUUCAACACCUCUCUCUUAACAAUAGGUAGAACAACUGGACAGAAAACCAGUAAGGAUGUAGAAGAACUUAACAACACUAUCAACCAACAUGAUCCAAUUAAUAUAGAAUACCUCACCCAACAAAAGAAGACACAUUCUUUUCAAAUAUCCAUGGAAUGUAUACAAAGAUAGUCCAUAUCCUGGCCCAGAAAACAAAAGUCAACAAAUGUGAAAGAAUUGAGACCAUACAAGCUCCUUGGUCACAGUGGAAUCAAUAGUCCCUGGGUUAAAGAUUGAAAGCUUUCCCUCUAAGAUCAAAGGCAAGACAAGGAUGUCCACUUUCACCACUUCUAUUUAACUUUGUACUGGAAGUUCUAGCCAGGGGGUUCAGUGGGGGGGAAAAAAACAUCAGAUUGAAAAGAAAGAAGUAAACUCAUCUCUAUUUGUAGAUGGCAUUGUCUUGUAUAUAGAAAAUGCGUAAUCCACUAAAAGGCAACUAGAACUAAUAAACACAGCAAGGUUGCAGGAUAUCGAUACACUUGCAAUGAAAAAUCUAAAAAUCACAAGAAAAUAAACAAUUCCACUUAGCAUAGAAUCAAAAAGAAUAAACUACUUAUACAUAAAUGUAACAAGUGUUAGAAUACUUAUACAUAAAUAUAACAAGGGUUAAACGCAUAGUCUGAAAACUAUAAAACAUAUUUUUAAAGAAUUUAAAGGGACCCUGAGUAGCCAAAAGAGUCUUGAAAAAGAAUUGAAGGACUCACACUUCCUGAUUUCAAAAUUUAAGUACAAAGCUAUCAAGACAGUGUGGUAAUGGGACUUCCCUGGUGGUCCAGUGGUUAAGACUCCACACUACCAAUGCAGGGGAUGUAGGUUUGAUCCCUAGUCGGGGAACUAAGAUCCUACGUGCCGUGUGGCAUGGCCCAAAAAAAACCCCCAACUAUUAAAGUAUAGAAAGUCUUGAAAACGGAAGAAAAUUAUUUUUUUUUUUAAAUUUAUUUUAUUUAUUUAUUUUUGGCUGUGUUGGGUCUUCGUUGCGGUGCAUGGGCUUCUCACUGAGGUGGCUUCUCUUGUUGCAGAGCACAGGCUUUAGGCACGCGGGCUCAGUAGUUGUGGCUCGUGGGCUCUAAAGUGCAGGCUCAGUAGUUGUGACGCACGGGCUUAGCUGCUCCGUGGCAUGUGGGAUCUUCCCGGACCAGGGCUCAAACCCGUGUCCCCUGCAUUGUUAGGCGGAUUCUUAACCACUGAGCCACCAGGGAAGCCCAAGAGAAAAUUAAAAAAAAAAAAAUAGUAUGGUACUAGUAUAAGAAUAGACAUAUAGAUCAAUGGAAUGCAGUGGAGAGUCCAAAAGUAAGCCUCACAUAUCCGGUAAAUUAAUUUUUUUUUUUGGCUGCGUCCGGUGGCUUGCAGGAUUUUAGUUCCCCGACCAGGGGUCGAACCCGUGCCCCAUGUACUGGAAGCGUGGAGUCCUAACCACUGGACCACCAGAGAAUUCCCCUGGUCAAUCAAUUUUUGACAAGGGUGCCAAGACAAUUCAGUGAGGAAAAAGAAUAGUCUUUUCAACAAUGGUGCAGACAACUGGAUAUCCACAAAAAAUAAAUUUCAUCAAAAUUUAAAAAUCUGUGCUUUAAAGGACACCUUUGACAAAGUGAAAAGACAACUCAGGAGAUAGGAGAAGAUGUUUGCAAAUCAUAUAUCUGAUGAGGGAAUUGUAUUCAGAAAAGAUGAAUAACGGAAGCUCAACAAUAAAAGGACUGGGAUUUCCCUGGUGGUCCAGUGGUUAAGACUCUGUGCUCCCAAUGCAGGGGGCCCAGGUUUGAUCCCUGGUCAGGGAACUAUAUCCCGCGUGCUGCAGCCAAGACCCAGCACAGCCAAAUAAAUAAAUAUAUAGUUUAAAAAAUAAAAAUAAAAGGACAAAUAACCUCCCAAAAUGAGCAAAGGAUUUGAAUAGACAUUUCUCAAAAGAAAAAAAAAAUACACAAAUGGCCAACAAGCACAUGAAAAGAUGCUCAAACUCAUUAGUCAUUAGGGAAAUUAAAUCAAACUCCAGUAAGAUACCACUUCAGUACAGUACCUUCCAGUAAGAUACUUCUAAUGAAAGAUAGAUAAUAACAAGUCAUGGUAAGGAUGUGGAGAACUUGGAAACCUCAUACAUUGCUGGUGGGAUUUUAAAAUGGGACAGUCACUUUGGAAAACAGUCUGGCUGUUCCUCAAAAAGUUAAACAUAGAGUUACCAUAUAACCAAGAAAUUCCACUCCUAGAUAUAUACCCAACAGAAAUUAAAACAUGUCUGCACAAAACUUGUACAUGAAUAUUCAUAGCAACAUUAUUAAUAACAGCCAAAAGUAGGAACACCCAUAUGUCCAUUGACAGAUGAAUGGAUAAAGAAAAUGUGGUAUAUACAUACAAUGAAAUAUUAUUCAGCCUUAAAAAGACAGGAACUUCUGAUACAUGCUACAACAUUAAUUAACCUUGAAAACAUGGCAAGUGAAAUAAGAUGCAGGAGGACCUUAUAUGAAGUACCUAAUGUAGUCAAACUCAUAGAAACAGAAAGUAGAAUAGUGGUUAACAGGGGCUGGGAAAAGGGGAAAGCGGGUACAGACGUUAAAUUUGGGAGAGUGAGAAAGUUCUGGAGGUGGAUAAUGGGGACAGUUGCACGACAAUGUGAAUGUACCAAAUGCCACUACAUUGUACACUUAAAAGUGAUUAAAAUGGUAAGUUUUAUGUUUAUUUUACCACAAUUUUAAAUAAAGGAAUGAAGUACUGA